AUGCCCGGCUAUGAAAAGGGUAGAUUUGUKGSACUGGGCGACUAUGAGAAACAGGAGCUAACUUGUUGUAUAUGCCGGGAGAUACUAUGCRAUCCAGURGUGGUUGACUGUUGUUUGCAAACAUUUUGCAAAGAUUGUAUUUAUCAAUGGCUAGAAACGGAAGCUAACUGUCCACAUGAUAGACAACCGUUAAUGGUUACCGAAUUGAGACCAGCACCUAGGAUAUUAACCAAUUUGUUGGGCAAAAUGACCAUCACAUGCGACUACUGGAAAAACGGCUGCAAAGAGUCGAUGCCAUUGGAUCGGCUCCGGGAUCAUACAAACCAAUGUCCCUAUAGUUUGCGUUUGUGUCCAAAAUGUUACUGUAUAUGCAAUAUCAGUCACGACUGUAUCAAAGAGCUGAUGGCAGUCAAUCGGAAAGAGUCCACAAAAUAUGAACAAUUAUGGCACGAAAAGGACGUCCUCAACAAAGCAGUGGACGAAAUGACCGUACGAUUUGUAGAUGAAAAGUCUAAACUAGUCAAACAAGUCGAUCAACUGCGGGCACAGUUAGCCGAUUGUCGUAAACAAUUGUUAACUACUAAACAACAAUUAUCUUUUAAUAAUAAUAAGGAUAAUAAUGUUAUUGCUGGAUUACCACCAUCAUCGUCAUCAUCAUCAUCAUCAAGAUUAUACAAGACAUUUUCAACAAUGUCACUUAACGCCAAUACUACUACUACUACUAACUGUCCACAAAACAGGCCAACAAUUUACGAUAUGAUACGCGAAGGUCGCCGCCAUUUAUCGCAACGGGUGUCCAUUACCGAAACCAAUACGGAUGAUACGGUAGCCAAUCGGGUCGUAGAUGUGGUCAAAUCGGAACUACAGUCUAACAACAAUAUGUACUAUAUGUGCCAGAAUAUUGUCUAUAAAUUGGAUCAUGAGUUGGGCAGCUCCUGGUGCGUGAUAACCAAUUACGAUAAACAGGGUCACAACUAUACCAAUAGUAGUUGUUUUGUUAAAUUAAAGUUUGGAAAAUUGACGUUUAAAAUCUAUCGGACUAAAUUUUUGGACGUACCGCUACUGAAACGUCGGCUCCGGGACGGCAAAGUCGAACCAAAAAUCCGACUGUUCGACACCGAUAUGACCGAAUCGAUGAUACAGUUUGUCGAAAAUAUAUCGUUGACAGCCAUCCGAAAACAUAAGACACUGAAAUCAAUUGCCAGUGAAUUGCGAUCGAAAAUGGACGCCGAAUACGGCGGUCACUGGAAUUGUUUUGCCCAUAAUUACGGCGAUUAUUCGGUCAAUAAAAAGGAUAAAACAUUUGCCAGUUUCGAUAUCGAUGAACUAAAAUUGACCAUGUUUCAAUCGAGUUAA